AUGAGAAAAAAUUCAAUUUUACAUAAUUUAUGGGUGCCUGAUGUAAAUUAUAAAUUUCCAGCUCAAGAUAAUGGCAAGUUUAAACGUACUUUUCAGUUGAAAUGGCUUAAUGCAUUUAAUUGGUUGGCUUAUUCAAAACUGAAAGAAGGGGCCUUUUGUAUGUAUUGUGUACUUUUCUUGCAUCAAACAAAUGUUGGUAAAGGUUCUCACGUAGAACUAGGAAAACUUGUAACCAAACCUCUUAUUAAAUUAAAAGAUGCAUUAGAAUCUUUAAAAAAUCAUGCCAACUUCAAUUUCCAUAAAACUGCAAUGUUAAAUGCCGAUAAUGUAAUUAAAAUACAUAACAAGGAACAGGAUAAUGUAUAUGUGCAAUUAAAUACUAAGGAAAAGCAAGACAUUUUAAAAAAUCGUUCAUCUUUGAAACCUAUUAUUCAGACUAUUCGAUUGUGCGGAAGGCAACAGAUUGCAUUAAGAGGGCAUGCAGACUCUGGACGAAUUGAAAUUAAUGAACCUACUGAGAAUGAUGGAAAUUUUCGUUGUCUCCUAAGAUUUAGAGCCAAUAAUGGUGAUAUAGUUUUAAAAGAGCAUCUAGAAAUGAGUGAUUUGAAUGCUAUGUAUACAAGUCCUCAAAUCCAAAAUGAAAUAAUUACUAUUUUUGGAGAACUAAUUCAAUCUGAAAUAGUUAAACAAAUAUCAAAAUCCAGUUUUUUUUCUGUUCUUGCCGACGAGACAACUGAUAUUAGUCAAAUUGAACAAUUUUCAGUAUGCAUAAGAUACCUAGAUGAAGAAUCAAUGAUAGUUCGGGAAAACUUUUUAGCAUUUAUUCCUGUUCAGGAUGUAACAGGAGAAGGUUUAGCUAACACUUUACUAGAAACAUUGAAAAAUCUUGGUUUAAAUUUAGAAAAAAUGCGUGGUCAAGGCUAUGAUGGGGCGGUGACCAUGUCGGGUGCUUUUAAUGGUGUACAGGCAAUUGUGAGAAAAAAAUAUCCUCAAGCGUUAUACACUCAUUGCAUAUCACAUUCUUUGAAUCUUUGUUUGUCUGAUGCUUCUAAGGCUCAAGAUAUUCGAAAUGCUUUUGGAACUGUAUCAGAAUGUUGUGCAUUUUUUCACUACUCCGCAAAAAGAACCCACAUUUUAAAAGAAAAAGUUUUAGAAAUUAAUCCAAAAACUCAGGCACAUAAACUUAAAUCACUGUGCGAAACUAGAUGGGUUUUGCGUCACGAGGCUAUAAUGAUUUUUAAAGCAUUUUUGCAGCCAAUAGUUCCUGCUUUAGAGCAAAUUGAAAAUGGUUCAAAAAAUAAGGAAUCAAUAAAACGAGCACACAUGUAUCCAAAGUCUCCAAGAAAUUUCAAGAUAUUAGAGAAAAUUCAAAUGUCGAGUUUCAUGAAAUUUAUGAGGGAGUAA